AUGUGGAGUAGCGGCCAAGGUCAACAGUUAGAAUUUACAGAUAAGUGGUCUUUUGGUUUCGUGGUCUGCACUUUAUCAAGUGGAGCUGUGGCCCUGGCUGAGACACAAGGACCUGCGCCUAAGAUUGUCAACGGCUAUGAAUCAGCUCCAGGAGCGCGCCCUUACAUUGGGUCCUAUCAGAUUUUCUUGGACGACACUUGGCAACACAUCUGUGGCUGUACGCUAGUCACACCCAACAAGGUCAUCACCGCGGCCCACUGUGUGGUAGCGUUCCCAGGGAUCCCGUGGAGGGUCCAGUUCGGAUCCAACCAGCUGUUCGACCAGACCAGCCCCCACGUCCAGUACAGGAACGUCUCGGCCUCCGAGCCCCACGAGGGCUACUACCCCGGGGACAACUACCCUAACGACAUCGCCAUCAUGACCCUGGAGAGAAGCGUCCGGAUCACUGACUACGUGCAGCUGGCCAAGUUAUCCGAGCACCGCGGGUACCCCUACCCAGGGGACACCUGCCUGAUCGUGGGGUGGGGCAAGACCAAGCAGUUCAACCCAGACUACUCACCUGAGCUGCGUGAAGCCAGGACCGUUGUCCUGGACACCGAGACCUGCAACAACCUGUUCCAGACUUUAGCUGGAGACUACUAUGACCCGACGCUCGUUGCUGAUUCUAAUCAAGUUUGUCUGUCUGACAGAAGUCAGUCCACUGGCACUAAACCUACAGCUUGUUUUGGUGACAGCGGAGGCCCUCUGAUGUGUGGUCGCGGGUUCAAGUACUUAUCAGGAGUCACAUCUUGGGCUUAUUCUUGUGACGGUGAGACCCCAGUUGUGUACACCAGAGUUUCAUCCUAUGUCAAGUGGAUUCACGAGAGGCUGUCGCUCGUUGGAGAAUUGGCGGGUGGGCUGUAG